GCCUAUAUUCUGACCGCGAACAACGCCUCGACGGCGGAUUCCUCUCGCACGCGAAUUCGUCGACUGCCCAUGUCCCCCACUCGUCGGCGCACGGCUGGGUCUUUUCGAUCGCUAUCCCGAUUCGCCGCGAUCCACAACGCAUUGCGCAGGACACGGCGUCGGCACCGGCACCUUCGUCGGCAGCGGAAACUUCAUACUCCUGCAAAAAUACGUAGUGGGUCAAAGGCUUCAUCCACUGAAACAAAUGGUGCAACUUGCGAGCAAGGUGAAGGUGUCCAAAAUAUGAGACAAGAACUUGGUUUAGAGGAGCUCCCAGAGGACAUCUUUCAUCAUAUACAUUCUCUCAUGCCAAUACAAGAUGCUGCUCGUGCCGCGCGCCUGCGUGUCCCGUGGAUUUCUGCACUCCUGGAGACACUAUUCCAACCUCAUACUCAGUGACCGUACGCUUGGUUUGCUUGGCAGAACAUUUGAGGAAACGAAAACCCAUCUCACUUAUAAAGUUGACAAAAUUCUUACAAACCAUUAUGAC